CCAACACAUCCGGACACCCAAAUUGAUAACCGAGUAGACAUUGAUAUGGACACAGAUGCUGUCAACUGGGACGCCAGUGCUCUUAAGGAUGCUUCUGCCGCUUUAGAAGAGCAGAAUAAACUUGCUGAGGCUCAGACUCCAUGUCAGACCCUUGCAGAUGAUGAAGGAGAUGAAGAAGAUGCCCCAGAAAUCCAAAAUAAUGCCCUAUUCGGCCCAGAUUCAUCCACGGUAAGCGGUGGGACCGAAGAAGACGAAGAAUGUGAAGUUGAUGAAGAAAUGGACGAAGAAGAGACAAAAAGAAGGGAAGAUUUUGGGAAAAUGAGCUCACACUUUAAAGGUGGACAUAAUAAAUAACUGGGCUUUCAUUUGUAAUUAAUUCUGUACAUACCCUUUCAA